AGUGCGUUGCGCUGUUGGGCCCAUGAGAUAGCGUGUCAAGGUACGCUUUGAUUGCCUAAAUCAAAGUCGCCGCCACAAUGCAAUUGUGAUACGAUACCUGCAAUCUUCGACUGUUGUUGGCCUUGGAGACUACUACAUUUCCACUUUGGCAUUUCAAGUCUUGGUCUCGGUCCUGUCUAAAUGUCUCUUUUCAUUCACUGCCAUCGCGCUGCGUCGUAGAAAUUCAAUACUACCUCGAAUGCCAAUAUGCCAACUGAGAUCAUCAGUCUACUAUCUUCAAGCCCUGUCAGACCAUCGUCGGCAUCUGUCGUAGCAUCUUUCGAGCAGACGCAACGACCCAGCGUCCGCAUGCCACCCAGAGCUCCCAAUUACACGCAGCACGGGUUGACAGAAGCUGAAUCCACCAAGACUGCGACGACCCCCUCUUUUCAUACGCCAUCCGAACCUCUUGCUGGAACAACGCACACUUCGAGGCACCAGGUCCGCUCCGAUGACCUCGGCGCCGAUGGCUUCCUCUUUCUUUCAGACGAUUUCGACAUAACCGGUGAUUUAGAGGGCACCUUCUACAAGAAGUCUCCAUCACCACGGGGCGUGUCAAAUUCAAGGAAAAGGAUCAGCAGCCCUCCCCUACCUCGAAAAGCGAAGGCCCUCAAGACCAAGUCCUCGGAUCGAGAAUCGGUCCAGCCCAUUAGUCGUGAAAGAAGAACUCAUCUCAUCGAAGAUAUCGAGUUCAGUAGUUCUCCCGCCAACUUCACCUCAGACACUAGGAGAAAGGCACCCCCGAUAUCGUCCGAUCUUUUCGUAAGCUCCCCAAUAGACCAGCAGUCUACUUUUACGGCCAAGUCUCGCAGUCCUCGCCAACAUCACAAUAAGAUUGGAGGCGAAGCAACAUGGGAUUGGCCAGCCGAGCUUCGUGUGAAUCAGUUAGCAAACGUAGAUCAUGAAGCGCACCAAUCUUCAAAGCAAGUCUUUAUCGACCUCUCAAGCGACCCCCCGGACUCCCCACCACGCCUUAAACCACAGCCUAGUCACUCGAAUUCUCGCUCGAAAGCUACGUGGGAUCCUAUAUCGAGUUCCGCACCUGAGACUCACGAUGUUCAUCAAUUACUCUCGAACCCGUCUUCUACUACUAGGAUACCGCGUCCUCAGCCUAUAGCCAUACCUGAGGACGGUCCCUCUGAUUCUGAAGGUCUCACAGACUUAGAAAACAUUGACUUCUCCAGGACUCGAGUGAAAACUCAUAGUUCCUCAUCCCGUCCAACAGCUCCAAGGGCGAAACAGGCCGUCAAGAAAGUUGUUAGAGCCACUGGAGAGGAGAAGGCUCGUGGGAAGAGAGAAAAGGCAGAAGCUAGGGAAGCAGAGAAGGAACAAAAACGUAUUGAAAAAGAGCGCAUCAGGGAAGAGCGUGCUCUACAAAAAGAGACCGAAAAGGCAUUGGCCGAGGUGAACAAACUACGGACCGAUAAAAAGGUAUCUACGCCAGAGAUGAUUGUGGAUAUACCUGCAAACAUCAACGCUGGUCUCAAAGUGCAAAUACAAACACUCCUAGGCGACUUGGAUGUUAAGCACGAGAUCUGGAAUAGCACAGUUGAGAAUGUCGUCAAAUGGCGUCGCAAGGUCACAGCUCAAUUCAACAAGGAGAUGGGAUUCUGGGAACCCACUCCAAUGCGCAUUCAGGAGGAGAACCAUGUCUUGGUUAUCGUGCAGGCCCCUGAAUUUGUCAAGUUCGUUCUUGGGGGGGAGGGCCAUGACUUGGAAGCUCAUGUCUUACAUAUGAAGAGCAAGUUUCCAAGUGCUAAGACGAUAUACCUGAUUGAGGGCUUGAACGCCUGGAUGCGCAAGAAUAGGAACCUCCUGAACCGUCAAUUCGCCUCUGCAGUCCGCGAGUUAGGAACAAAUAAUGAGCCCCGGACCUCUGGCCAACGUCGUCAGCGUAAUAAUAAUCAGACCCAAGAAUAUAUCGAUGAAGACAAAAUUGAGGACGCUUUACUUUCUCUCCAAGUUUUACAUGAAACUCUCGUUCACCAUACUGCUCACCAGGUCGAGACGGCACAAUGGGUUGCUGUCUUCACACAGCAUAUCAGCACCAUUCCAUAUCGCAAAGCCCGUGAUGACAGUGCGAAUGCAGGGUUUUGUAUGGAAUCUGGCCAAGUCAGUACCGGUGAUGGUGGCAAGGAUACAUACAUACUUAUGUUACAGCAAAUAGCACGCGUUACGCCUGCCAUCGCUUAUGGUAUAGCUACCAAAUACGAGUCUGUGACAGAUUUGAUACGCGGGUUCGAGGAAGAAGGUCCGCUGGCCCUGGCGGCAUGUCGGAAAAGCGCAAACAAAGAUGGUGCUCUCACUGAUCGUCUUGUCGGUCCAGCUGUCAGCAAAAGACUACACAAGAUAUUUCUAGGUCGGGACCCCACCAGUACAGACAUCUAGAUCGCUUCAUGGUAAUAUGGUAUUCUUCUCUAAUAGAUCGGUUAUGCACCGUGAUAGAACCCAUUGUUCAAUCUGAUAAUAGUGCAGUGCAUCAUGGUUGCUUGGCAGUAUUUAGUAUAGGAAAGGUCUCAUAGCCAUCAGCUGAAUUUGCUUCAUUGGGAUUUAUACACACCCAGCUUCAUCUAAUUUCGCCUCAUUUCCCCAUUAGCAUAUGUUACGCUAUGUUAGACAAGACUGUUUGCCCUGGCUU